AUAAUAAUAAUCUUGUAUAUUUCUAUAGAAAAUAUUUCUAAUAAUAUUUAGAAAAUAUUAUAGAUAUUUUCUAUACACAAAAUGAUAUUAAUGGAACCAAACUAAUAUAUUUCUCUCUCUUAAAUGGGUUGCAGAUGAACGAGGCGGCAGAGAUCUUGAUGUUUCUGGUUCCCAGCUUGCGGCUUCAUGAAAUUUGAUCAGUAUCUUGGCAGGGCAAAUCCAGACAUAACUGAGAUUUGCAGCCAUGGCUGUAUCUUUGUUCUUUUACGACUUGCCAGUUCAAAAGUAAGUAAGGAUCACACUCAGUUGAAGAGAACAAUUUCUUGAUGGUGGAGUGUUUGAUACAUAUUUGAUGUCUGAACCUCCAUCAUCUUGUAUUCGUGUUCCUUCCGUUCCUCAAACCAAACAUAGUGUUAUGAGUUGGAGUUCUUGUCAGAGAAGAGAUGUCGACUGAAUGAGGCUUGCAGAGAGACGAGGGUUUCUUGAAGGGCGGUUGACCCUCACUCCUAUGCCAUUGAUUUCAUCCAUAAAUUUCAACAGCUCUUGUGUGGAACUGAGGAAGAAUAACGUUGUUAUAUUUUUUUUACAACCAUUUUCUUUAGUAUACCGUGCCAAAGUAAUACUGAGUAAGUAGUAAGAAUAAGUUGAAGAGAACAUGGCCUUAGUAUAAUAUGAUGUGCCAAUGUCAACCGUGGAUAAAAUGAGUUGCUGUAAAAUGCGAUUAGGGUUCUAAUCCAACUCCAGGUGCGUUGAGACUUUCGGGAUUGCAGAUGAACGAGGCGGCAGAGAUCUUGAGGAUUCUCCAUGGCAGUGUUAGAACAACCUUUGCCCUGUACUCAAAUCUGAGCCUCCAUACUGUUGUUCACUCCUUUUAUAAUGCUGGGAUUAAAAAUGAAAGAGGCUGCAAAGAUCAUGAGGAGUUUGUAAGGGCGGUUGCUUUUCUCUGUUUGCCAAUGAUUUGCCCAAAAAUAAACCAUCCUUUAUUAUCUGGCAGGACCCGGAUUGCAGCCAUAUGGGGGGAUUUAGGAGUUACGGAUGGCAGUUGUCCCACUCUGCUUGCUAAUUACUUCACAAUUUGCUUUAUAAUUAAUAUCCAAUUUCACAACAGGCAAAUAUCAUUUUGAAUUUGUGGAAAAUACAUUAUAAUAAUUUGAUAAAUCUUUACUACAUAUAUUCAAUUAAACGUUACUAGCAUAUAGUUUGUAUGAUACUCCGGCGUUUUUCACGUGUCAAAGUUAGAGGAUGGACGCGUGAACGGCCACAUUUGCUCCUUCAAUACCACUCUACAACAACCGUCCCUUGGGUGGAGAAGAGAUGAAGAAUGAAUGAGGCUAGUAGAAAGACUAGGGUCCGUCUAGGGUUUCUUGAUGGGUGGUUGACCCUCUCUGCUAUGCCAGUGAUUUCUUCUCCAAAUAUCAACAGCCCAUAUGUGGAACUGAUGAGGAUCUUUAAUGGAUUCCGAGGCUAUGAUGAUAAUUGUUCACUUUCUCUUCAUUGGGCUUGUGUUAUUUCAACCUGUAACUUGGCAAGGCAGACAUGCCAAUGGGCGUCAUUGCAGCCAUGGCAGUGUGGGAAUAUCACUUUCCCAGUACUCAAAUCUGAGCCUCCACGGUGUCCCAGAAUCCUUAUAUACUGUUGGACAUUCAACUCCGACCUCUUUGAUUAUAAUUUUCGGUCUGUUGUCUUGUUUCUUUAAGAUGGUUGUUGCCCUUCUUUGUUUGCCAAUGAUUUCUCAAUGAUUAAACAACCCUUCAUACAUACUGCAACUACUCAUUUGAUCUUCCUCGUCUUUAUUGCACUUGGCUGCGGAUGCCACAGUUGCCAUAGUCACUGUUUCAUCAAUGGCAUCUCAAUGUGUGAAUAUCUGAUUCAACACUAGUGUUUGGUUAUUUGUGUGUCUGAUGAAUCUGGCAGAGAACGUGGUUUGUUAAUUGCGUGGCCCAGGAUUUGCGUGGUUUGUUAAUUGCGUGAUUUGUACUUGGCAGGGCAUACAUCAGAGUAAAUGUUGCAGCCAAGGCAGUUUAGAACGAUCACCUUUGCCUGGUACUUAAAGCUGAGCCUCAAUAUUGUUGCGAAUUCCUUUUACAAUGUUUGGAAUCAACUCUCACCUCUUUG